AGUCAGUACAGAGUAAUGCAAACCUCACUACCAAUCCCACCUGACCAUUAACAUUCCACUGCUGGGCUUCCUGCCGGACAAUGAGCUCUCAAACGGGGCUCCGGGGGGGCCCUUGCUGGCCGUCUGUGGAGAGCUGGCGAGGCACAUGGUCGUGGUUCUUCCAUUACUGAAUACCAGGAAACCAAGCUCUUCCCUAACAUUACUUUCCCCUAUAAGUAAUUGCUGUGGUCGCCACAUGGACUGUCAGUGCCUGUGAAUGAGAGUGAAUGGGUCUCUAUUCAAAUGCAGAUCAAGGAGUGUUCUUUCAGUUCAUUUGGAUAAUUGAGACACUGUGGAACCGACUAGCCCAAGAAGUAAAGAAAGACCCCAGUAAGAACACACGUCUAUCUAGAGUGUCCAAGGCGACAUUAGGGGAUUGGUCCUGCUUUGAGCAGGGGGUUGGACUAGAUACCUCCUGAGAUCCCUUCCAACCCUGAGAUUCUGUGAUUAGGCUGGACAAAGCAUUGCAGAGGGAUAUAAACCCUCAUGUCUCACGGCACAAACCAACCAGUACCUGUCUGUGGUCAGGAAGAAGCUUCUCCUGUGGGUAUAACUGUCCACUGUGGAGUUUCUUGCACCUACUUUUGGGUGCUGGACACUGUCAGAGACAGGACACUGGGUUAGAUGGACCCCAGGUCUGAUCUGGUCUGGCAACUGCUACAUUCCUAGAAUUGCAUCUCCCCUGGGAGCUUGCCGGUAAUCUGAUACAGAGGAGUUUUCUGUUUAUUGGCUGGGGGUGGGGGUAGAUGAUAGGGACUGAGGCUGGGAAAGGGAAUGCGGGAGUGUCUCUCUCCCCAUAGCAGAACUUUGCUCCCAGAGGGGACUCCACUAGGGUGGGGUGGGAGGAGGUAAAUGGGAUGAGGGUGGAGACCUCUGGUUAAAUUCUCUCUCCUUUGUCUCUCUCUCUCUCCUGUCAUUCCAGGCCAGAAUCUGGGUUUGUAACCUCCUCCAGGCCAAUUCACCCAAGGCUUCCUCUGGGGAAUCUGUAUCUUAAUUCAAAGGCUGCUCCAGUCCCCCCAAGCCCCAGUCCCUCUGCCCCUCCUUGGAAUGGAGCCGGUGCCACCUCCUCCGGUCUCUCACCUGAAUGGCAACUGGCACUACCAGUUCCGGAUCAUCCUCCUGGGGGAUUCCACCGUGGGCAAGUCCUCCCUGCUGAGGCGCUAUGCCGAAGGGUCCUUCAUCCCGGCUCCCUGCCCCACCGUGGGCGUGGAAUUCUACAGCAAGAUGAUGGAGCUGCCUCCAGGCAUCAAGGUGAAGCUUCAGCUUUGGGACACGGCCGGCCAGGAGAGAUUCAGAUGCAUCACCAGGUCUUUCUAUCGGAACGCCGUGGGAGUGCUGCUGGUGUUCGACAUGACCAACCGUAGGUCCUUCGAGCACAUCAUUGAGUGGUACCAUGAAGUGGCCAGCAUCCAGAUUAUGGAGAAGGUCAUCUUCCUCCUGAUUGGCCACAAAAGUGACUUGAAAUCAGACUGCAAAGUCUCCACCGAAGAGGCAGAGGGGCUGGCAGCCUCCCUGGGCAUCGGUUUCAUUGAAACAUCUGCCAAAAGCAACACCAAUGUAGACUUGGCCUUCGAGACCUUGACCAACACCAUCUAUGAGGCUCUGAAGAACAAGGAGAUCGAUCUGCAGGAAGGCUGGGAUGGGGUGAAGGUGAUUCACAAGAGAACCUGCAACCCCCAGAAGAAGAGGCGAAAACCGCAAGAAAAAUGCCAGUGUUAACCCAGAAGUUAGGGACUAGGACCUGGCGUAGGGGAUCGAGUUGGUGGAGGGAGGGACUGGAUGAGCUGAUUCAGAAAUAAAUUAGGGAUGGGCCUGAGAUGUACGGUUGGAGGUUCAGGGGGACGGGAGUUCAGUUUGUCUCUAGGAAAAUAAAAACCUCUGGGACUUGCUUUCACCCAUAGUAGAUGAAUUAAUCGGAAUAGUAAAAAGUGCACUACUGCCCCCUUUAGGUGGAGAACAGGGAAUCCAGGACCAGUGAUGCAACACUGACUAGCUGCUAGAGGCUUUCCUUUGGUUCUUAGCAGGGGAAAUCCCUUUUAAUACACUGCAGCACUGGCUCUAAAACUUUUUAAUUUUUUUUUAAACUGAACUUUAGGACUAAGAAAAUCUUUAGGUAUCUAGGAGUGCAGCUCUUAAAACAUACAUGUGAAUGCAUCAAAUACAUCGAACAAUUGAGCCAGUCAAUGGGGCCUUGAUCCUUAGUAGGGUCCCCAGAGUGGUACAGCAUUAUCAGGGAUCGAAUCCAAAACUCCCUGCUUUAUUGAAACAUCCCAGAGACUUCAGCUUUACAAAGAAACCAUCAUGGCCUGAAUUUGGGUGCCUAAGGAACGUGGUGAGUGGAAGAAUUCUCAGGAUAUGAGGAAGCCGAUUAGAUGUUUCCAGAGGGUGGAAUUCAGUUGGAGUGCUCAGUGCAGGGGGGUGAGAGUCACCCCUUUGUAAAGGGGCAGUCUCAUGCUUAGACAGUCUUUUAAUUAAUUCAUUAAUUGUGGAAUAAAUUGCUCUGUUUCUAGAAUAACCCUAUGCUAUUUGGUUUAGACUGAGGAGGCCUUAAAAGUACAUUAUUAGUAUUCCACCAAGAUCAGGGCCCCAUUCUACCAUGUGCUAUACCAACAUAUAAUAAGAGAUGGUCCCUGCCCAAAGGGGCUUGCAAUUUAAAUAGAUAAAGGGGUAAGAGGGGAAACUGAGGCACAGAGCAGGGACGUGACUGGUCCAAGCUCAUAGGCAGAGCUGGGAAUAGAAACUAUGUCUCCUGAUUGUCCCACAGGUGUCCUAUCCAGUUGGCCACACACCCUUGGUGAUCAUGCUCCUAUGCUCAGUCUUAUGGCUUGACUGCAUUUGAACACUUAAAAACUGCUAGGGUAAACUCCCAGGGACAGAUUCACCCCUCCCGUAUCCCUCUACAAUGCCAUAGAUUUCAAUGGCAUAGCCUGGAUCUAAACAAGAGUGACAUUACGGUACCAUCUUGCAUCUAGUUAGAAAAAUCCCAGUUCUGUUCCUCUCUAGCCAGGCAUACUGCAUCUGUCGAAAAUCAAGCUGGCAUUAAACUCCCUAAAAUCCUGGCCCAUGGGAAUACUUCCGCUGACUAUGUAGCACCAGGAUUUAAGGCCAGUGUAUUUGCAGGUGUCUGUUAUUGUUUGUGGGUGUGAAGCUGUGCUACAUAUGGACUAGUGCAACCCUGGUACUCACAUGUC